AUGAAAUUGUUUGACCAUGAGUACUUUUUUAAACAAUUUCGCAUAUCACCAUUCCGGUUUGAGCAUUUGUUGUCACUGAUUGCUCCAAUUAUUACGAAAUGUUCAUUGCGCAGGGAGGCAAUUAGUCCGUCAGAAAGACUUUGUUUAACAUUACGCUAUCUAGUGACUGGUGAUUCUCAAGUAUCCAUUGCAUGUAGUUAUCGCGUAAGUCCGACAUCAAUUACUCGCAUAGUUGCAGAAACGUGCGAAGCUCUUUGGACGAUGUUAUUGAGAGAAGGCUACUUGAGAUGUCCUAUUACGAGUGAAGAGUGGAAAAAAAUAUCCCAAAAGUUUGAAGAAUUAUGGAACUUUCCAAACUGUCAUCACAGCAUAGUUCUGUUAGCUGUAUGUAAUGCCACUUACGAAUUUACGCUAGUGGUGCUGAAGGGAUCAUCACAGCAGAACGAACAGGAUAUCGCACACGUAUCUGCGAUGUUCUUGGUUGUCCAAUGCUACAAAUUCUCUGUUGUCGCUUCACAUGCUCCACAAAUAACUUGUUUCUUAUAA